UCGUCCAUUGUCCAUGGCUUCGAGCUCGUCGCCGCCGCCGCCGUGCACGGUGGCCGCCGGCGGCGGCAUCGCCGUCGAGAGGAGCCCGCCGGAGUCUCGCCUGUCAGAGCUCGGCGCCAGGUCCUGGCCCAAGUGGGGCGGUGGUCCGGGGAGGAUGGCGCUGAGCUACGGCGCGCGGCAGACGUGCUACAUCGUGAGAGGGAAGGUGACGGCGACGGCGACGGCGGCGGCGUCGGCGGCGGAGGGCUCGCCGGAGAAUGGGCGGCGCGUCGAGUUCGGCGCCGGCGACAUCGUCGUCUUCCCCAAGGGCACACGGUGCACCUGGCACAUCGCCGCCGCCGUGGACAUGCACUACGCCUUCGACCCUUCCUGACAAGUGGGGCCACCAAAGAAAUUAUUAUCCCCUCUACAUGCUGAUUUUAUUACUGACUCUUAACAAAAGGAAUUGUGUACUCUCCCUGUGGUUAACUGGUCAUAAAUGGAGUAUUUGAGUUUAGAAUGAGAUUCGAUUACACUUUUAAAACUUUGGCCAUCGGUUUUACAUUUAAAUAAGUUUAUGAUAUUAUGGCAGUA